UUUCUGCCAACUACUUCAAAAAAGGAUGAGAAGUUAGCAGUGGCCAGUUUGAACGUUGAAGCUCAACUCAGGCAUUCCAAACCCAAAUCCUCUUCUUCUUCAACUUCAACUUCAAUCCACCCCAUUUUCUUCUUCUUUUUCUUCUUUCAUUCCCUUCUUUUCUUCCACACCCAUCAAGAAACCAUGACCAAGAUCGACGCUCUCCGUCGAUGCAUACUCCCUUGCUUCUCCGCCACCACCACCGUAUCUUCCACCACCACCAUUGCCACGACCAAGAAACGCCUCAGCACCUCGCUCAGGGACGACAUCCAAGACGACCACCUCCAAGAUAACCCAGAAAACGACGAAGACUCAACCACCACAGACGAAAGCAUCCCCACCCACCCCCACCAGGCCCCCGCUCGCCCCUCCAAGACAAUGGUCAUCGGCACCAUCUUCGGGCACCGCCGCGGCCACGUCUGGUUCUGCGUCCAACACGACCGCCUCAACACCAAGCCCUCUCUCCUCCUUGAACUUUCUAUCCCCACCCACCAACUCGUCAAAGAAAUGCGCUGCGGCCUAGUUCGCAUCGCCCUCGAGUGCGACCGCUCCGACCUCAGCUCCUGUCCCCUCCACUCCGUCCCCGUUUGGACCAUGUAUUGCAACGGACGUAAGCUUGGGUUCGCCAUUCGGAGAAAACCCACUGAGAAUAACCGUGUGAUGCUCAAGACCAUGCAGUCGAUGACGGUUGGAGCCGGAGUGAUUCCGGCGGGCUUGGGCUCUGAUGGAGAUGGUGAGCUAAUGUACAUGAGAGCCAACUACGAAUGCGUGGUGGGAAGUUGUGACUCGGAGUCGUUUCAUCUCAUCAAUCCGGACGACUGCCCCGGACAAGAACUCAGUGUCUUCUUGCUAAGGACUAGGUAAUAUGUGAUUUCUCAUUGCAGCCAGGGGCAUUUUCGGCAAGAAUGUUAAUGUAUGGGUUUCUUUGUCGUCCUUCCUCUAUACGGGGGACAAAAAGUUUUGGGUUUUCUUCCUCAAGGUGCUCGAAAACAAUGUGUUUUCUUGCUUUAGCUAAUAGUUUUGGAGUUCUCUGGGAGGGGUUUCUUGGAAUACAGAGUGACAUUUAAUUUAAUUUCAUUUGAAUUUGCCAUUCUUAUUUCUUUUUUUUUUAUUUUAUCCAAGGAGGGGUUUUUAGGUAAUGUAAUUCUUCUUGUAGAGGUGAUGACAUUUUAUAAGUGUUGAUUCCAUUAGAAUUGUAUUGGACAUAUCAAAUUAGAUUUCAUGCUUCUCA